AUUUAAGUGUUUUGUCAUUCUAUUUUGUUAUGUUCUUGACUGAGGAAAAAAAAUAAAAAAAGCCAUAGGAUCAGACAAACCAAAGCAAUUCUUCAUUCAAUUCUCAUCACAUACCUUCAUCAUUGAAUAUCCAAACCCAUCUCUUUCUCUCUCUCUGCAGCCAUUGAGAGCGGGUGAAAUGGGGAUGGAGAUGACCCUUCAAGGUUCAACCAGUGCCAAGCCUUCUCUGUCUCUUCCUUCCCCACUGCUUUCCACUCCCAAAUCAGCUUCUUCUCUCCUUAAGCCCCCGCCCGGAGCUCAGUUCAGACCCAUCUCCAUAUCGCUCCCAGCGUCCACCGCCAUCUCUCUCUUCGCACUCUUCUCACCUCCCCACGAAGCAAAGGCUCUCAGCCUCCCCAAAGAGCAGAUUGUCUCAUCCAUCACUGAAGCGGAGAAGACUAUUGGUCAGGUCCAGGAAGUGGGUUUGAGUCUCUUUGAUACUGCACAGCAUGUUUUUCAGGCUGUGGCAAGUGCUUUGAAACCGGGCGUUGAUGCGGCAGUCCCGAUAGUAAGUCAGGCUGGAGAGCAGGCAGUGAGGCUUGCCUCUCCAGCCCUUUCAGAAGCUUUGAAGAAAGCACGAGAAGCAAUUCAAAGCUCUGGGUUUGAUACAGAGCCUGUUUUAAGUGCUGCAAAGACGGUGGCUGACGCAGCACAAAAGACCACAAAGGUAAUUGAAGAGGCCAAGCCCAUAGCUUCAUCAACUGUUGAAACCAUAUCAACAGCAGACCCUAUUUUGGUUGUAGGAACCGCUGGAGCAUUAUUUCUCUCUUACCUGCUCCUUCCUCCCAUUUGGUCUGUCAUCUCAUUUAGCCUUCGUGGGUAUAAAGGUGAGCUUACCCCUGCUCAGACCCUGGAUCUCGUAUCAACAAAGAAUCACCUUCUGAUUGAUAUUCGGUCAGAGAAGGAUAAGGACGAGUCUGGCGUCCCUCGCCUUCCUUCCAAUGCUAAAAGCAAGAUGGUGGCAAUUCCUUUGGAAGAAUUACCAAGUAGGCUAAAAGGCCUUGUGAGAAACGUGAAGAAAGUAGAAGCUGAAAUGGUGGCAUUGAAGAUUUCAUAUCUCAAGAAAAUUGGUAGAGGUUCCAACAUCGUGAUCAUGGACUCGUACACUGAUGCAGCCAAAAUAGUUGCAAGAGCACUCACAAAUCUUGGCUUCAAAAAUUGUUGGAUUAUGGCCGAUGGCUUCUCUGGAAGAAGAGGCUGGUUACAAAGUCGGCUAGGAACAGAUUCAUACAAUUUUAGUUUUGCAGAGGUUUUAUCACCGUCGAGGGUCAUUCCUGCAGUGGUUAGACGUUUUGGCACAACCAGCUCAACUAAUCAAUCGAGUCAAAAGCUUCUUCCAGGAAGAUUUGAGUAAACACUUUCCUAUAAUAGAGAAUGCCCUAGUUUUGUAUUACUUGCUUGGGCUAUGUUCCUCAAUCACCUUUUGUAAUUAUUUGGCCAAUGAUAAAUGAUAAUCAAUUGAUCUUUAAUUUUUUU